UGCACUGCAUGCAACGCCGCGAGUUCGAAUAGAUCACCAUGAGUUUAGUGGGCAAAGUUGUAAUUGUCACAGGAGCAAGUUCGGGCAUUGGUGCUACGACGGCAGAGGCUUUUGCUAAAGAAGGUUCCAAAGUGGUGCUCACAGGACGAAAUGAAGCGAAUUUGAAAGCUACCGAAGCGGCCUGUAAAGCUGCCAACAGCAAAGCCGAACUUCUAUUAAUUAUCGCUGAUGUCACAGUUGAUGCGAAACGUAUUAUAAACACAACAAUUGACCGAUUUGGACGACUGGAUGUGCUGGUCAAUAACGCGGGUAUUAUGGAACUUGGCAUUAUCUCGGAAGUUGAUGACAAUCAAUAUGAUCGUGUUUUCGAUACGAAUGUGCGUUCUGUCUACCUUUUAACUAAAUUUGCUGCACCACACUUAAUCAAGACUCAGGGUAAUAUCGUGAAUGUCUCUAGUGUCGCAGGUUUGCGUUCUAAACGUGGUAUGACCACUUAUUGCGCUUCGAAGGCAGCACUGGAUCAAUUCACUAGAUGUUGCGCCUUGGAUUUGGCGCCGCAAAAUGUGCGUGUAAACUCUGUUAAUCCUGGUGUUAUUGCUACCGAUCUUUAUCGAAGUGCGGGUUUCUCGUUGGAGAAAACUCACGACUUUUACGAGGAAGCUAAGGAAUCGCAUCCACUUGGUCGUGUCGGGCAACCAAAGGAGGUAGCCGAUGUUAUUGUUUUCUUAGCUAGUGACAGUUCUAGUUUUAUAACGGGAGCAAUUAUGCCCGUCGACGGUGGCAGACAUGCGCAUUAAAAUGUCGUUUUUUAAUAUUCAUAAAUAAAAGUAAAAUAUAUACAUAUAAUA